AACGCACUUCGCUUCUAUACUCGAGACGCUUGUAACUCUUUUGGGAUUCGUUCACAAACCCAUGGUUCCGAGUCCGAGUUUCUAGGAUAUGGUGUUUGGCCCUCAGCAUCCUACUUUAACCACUCCUGCCAGCCAAAUAUUCGCAAAGACACUCCAGGUCGCGCAUGGGUUUUCCAGACCAAUCGAGAUAUUGGUUCCGAUGAGGAGUUGCGCAUCAGCUACCUUGGUGACACUGCACCGGAGGAGAUGGGCGUCGAUGACAGGAGGAAGCAACUCAGACAAACGUGGGGUUUCGACUGCGACUGCCUACUUUGUCUUGCACAACUU